GAACACUGGAUUCUCGAUAACCAAUUCUCUCAACCGCUUCAUGAAAACCCAUACCGGCAAACAGGGGAGACUUUCAGACGCGAAGAAAGCCUCGAGACUGCAAACUAAAGCUCAAGAUUGUGAGGUGAUCAAUGUCGCCGAAAAAGGUGUCCAAGUUGAAGAGAAAGCGAGCUCAGCAGCAAUGCAUGUACCACAUCUACCUACACCCAUACCUCAUCGAAAUUUUGUUCUCUCAUCGACCAUGUUCGCAAGAAGAGAUCUGAUCAAAGGGAUAGAGCAUCUAUUACCUUCGCCCAACUACAUCGAGCGCGAUUUCAAUUCGGCUCGUAAUUUCGGAGGCAUAUCUUCCCAGACAUCAGAAGCCGAUGAAGCGGACAUCAUUCUGGCACCAGGACAUGGACUCAUGCUGACCUCACUGCAGAAGCUUGUACAGAAGAGCUUACCAGGUCAAGUCACUCGUAAUGGUGUCCGUGAACGUAUAGUGCAACUUGGGCGUCGUUACGAACGUCUCAUCAUCAUGGUGCAACACGACUGGGGCGGGAACCAACAGCGUCCAUUGGACGGCCGCAGUUCCGGCGAACUUGUGUCCCUCAUCAACUUUUGCGCAGCACAAAGUCAUGGUAUACAGGUUUUGUACAUUCCUGGAAGCGAGUCAGCCUUGGUGACAUGGAUCGUCGCCAGUAUGGUUAGGUUUGGCCUGGACGAUCCGACAAUUCAAUUGUUGCAAGAAGAGACCACAUGGGAGCUGUUCCUGAGAAAGGCAGGUAUGGACGCGUUUGCGGCCCAAGUGGUCUUGAUCAAGCUCAGGAUGCCCGAUGUCGUACCGCCCUGUUCAGAUGAACGAAGCUACGGCCUGCCCGGGUUUGUGAUGAUGGGUAAAACUGAGAGGCUCAAAAGAUUUGGAGCUCUGUUCGGCGGUGACAAGAUCUUGAAGAAGGUGAGUAUGGCCAUCGAUGGUAGCUGGACAUGAGCUGUUGUUGUUGUUGUUGUUGUUGUUGUUGUUGUUGUUGUUGGCGAUUCGGAGCGAUGAAAGCUAUGACCAAUGUCUGAGGAAAUUUGCUAGGCCUCAUCAUAUCCUUGCUUGUAUCGCCGAAUUUCGAGAAGAUGCUCGUUAUGCUUAGAAAUCGAAGAACAUUUUCAAACGCUUGGUAUCUCGGCGCAUCCCGUAACGCGCAUCCCGUAACCGGACAGGCGUCCUCUUGCUGAUACUCUAUUCUAGCGACCAUUCGAGAGUAGAGGUAAGUUGGUCGAGAAGUGCGAUAGAUCGGGAUCGGUUAAAGUUGCUUCUCGAUUGCUCGACGUCUACUCGAAUCCGCGUCGAUACUGUUGCACUUCAAGCUAUGCUUGGUCGUAUAUGCAUCAAGACGAACAAGUGCUUGAACAUCAAUGUGGC